ACGUGAACUUCUGCACGCAAGCAGCCAUGUGCUGCCCAACGGGUAUGGAUGAUUAUGGAUGGAUUGCAGCGGCCGUCGGCUGGAGCCUCUGGUUUCUGACUCUCAUCCUGCUCUGCGUGGACAAGGUCAUGAAACUCCGGCCUGAUGAACCCAAAUAUUUGGUGGCCUGA